AUGUCAUCCAAUCAGAUGCAUGCGCCAAGUCCAGACACAGCCCUGAUCGCUCGGAUGCAUCAGAUGCGUUUGGAAGCGGAAGGAGGUGGAGCGGGGAAAAUGAUCACCUCCUCCGGUCGAACCCACCAUUCCGGAGGCAAUCAGCAACUCAGCGCACAGGAUCCGCAAUCCGAGUUCAAGACUUACGGUACCGUGACUACAACGAACUCGACUUCAGGCGUCGGCAAUGGAGCAACCGUCGCAGCAUCCAUGGCCACGAUGGUAAACAUGAAUGACUACCGGAUGUACGAUCGGUACCAGAAUCAGAUGCUCGCUGCAGCUGCUGCCGGGAGCAAAUUUCCUAGUAGCAUGCAGCAGAACAACAGUGCGCAUGCUACGUCCUUAACAACUACCACCACGGCGAUGGUUGGCGGAGUAGUCAAUAAUGUCAGUGCCAGUGGUGGAAGUUAUCAGUACAGGGUCAACAAUAGCCCCACCCAUUCGAUGAGCAAUUCUUCCCAUCUUUCUGGCUGCAGUGGUAACAUUCCUAGAACAAACAGCUCCUCGGCCGGGUCGGUGUCACAGCAUCAGCAGCACUAUUACGAUCCCAGGUAUCAAACGGUGUAUGAGAAUAUUGAUUGCUAUCCUGCAGCGUCGCAGCAGCAGCAUCAACAACACUCGUCGGUCGAUGUUCAUUUGUACGACAACCGAAAGUUUGAUUCGCACAACACAAAGGCACAGCCUCAGGUACCAGUGGGAAGUGCUAGCCACCCGUACAUACUAGCAAACGGAGUGGUGACAACGGGUCGCGACCACCAGGGCAUGAUGAAUAUGGCCGGAAGGUACGCUCAUACACCACAACCUCCGGAGAUGGUGAACGCCGAACAACCGCCGAUCUAUGAAAAUCUGCAGUCUCCUCCCUCGGCGGGGCAGCAAGCGCAGCCCCAGGCAACCAAAGGAUCUGUUCAGGUGUAUUAUCAUCAGCGUCCAGAUGGAACGACCCCAAGCCCCAAUCCAGCUAUACCACAGCAGCAGCAGCAGCUAUACCACCACCCUUCGGAUCCGCACUCCCAGCCAAUCUACGAAACAACUAACUUGAGUUCGAACGCAUACAGAGCAAAUGCUGGAGUGCCCGGCGCAGGUCCUGCUGCGACGACCCUGUACCAUCAGCAGCAACAACAACAACAAUAUCAUCACUCGCCUACCAAUAGCAGUAUAGCUGUGAAGAUUGCCCAACAACCACAACCGGUACAACUGCCAAAUGUUAAGUAUCACGCAACUAGUGUUCCAGCUUCUGCCGCACUGCCGUACGACUUCCAGAAAUCGCCUAAACUCGCCUCGUCAAGUGCACCGUCGCUGCCUCCCAAAUCAUCAGAUGCUCUUAAAACACAGCAGAGAAACAACAAAUCUCCGUCACGCAGCAGCUCCAUGUCCGGAUCGGGAUCCAUAAGCAAAAGUUUCGUCGAAGACAUCAAUGGUUCGGAUUACGUUUGUAUGACAAGUGGAACCAAAUACAACAAUUCCGGCAACAGCUCUUUGCAAUCGCUAAAAACGAGCCCGUUAACGUCUCCACCGGGUGGAACGAAUCCUGGCAACGUCAGUAGCGGAAUCACCACGGCGGCCAUGCCCGUACAGGUCGGUCAAGAGCGUCAGUAUGCUACGCUGCAGGAAAUGGAAUUGGCCAAGAGCCAACAGGCUAAUAACCACGUAAAGCCUGGUACAUUGCAGAAUACUUCACAUAUCAACUUCCGACAGAACGCUUCCACCAUCGCCGGUAGCAAAUUGGCUCCCAAUGGUGGUUCGUUGAGUGGCAAUAGCUCAUCAGUGGCAGGUGGAAUCGCUAUGUCGGGGAUGGGAUUGAGAGGAGCCGUUUCACCAACCCCGUCGCAGCUUAGCACAGGAUCGGGAUCGGGAAAACCAAAAGGAUUAACCAAAAAUCUGCUUCCGUACAACGUCACUCCACCCAGACCCACUGGGCCGACGGAGGCUGAGAGAAAGAUCGAAGAGAUGACCCGCCAGCUGGAGGAGGAGAUGGAAAAGAACGAAGAGCAGGGUGAAUAUUUCGGCAUUUGUCACACCUGCAAGGAGAAGGUGACUGGUGCCGGUGCAGCCUGUCAAGCGAUGGGGAACCUGUACCAUACCAACUGCUUCAUCUGCUGUUCAUGUGGUCGUGCGCUUCGAGGAAAAGCAUUCUACAAUGUGCAUGGACGCGUUUAUUGCGAGGAGGACUACAUGUACUCCGGUUUUCAACAAACGGCGGAAAAAUGUGCAAUUUGUGGACAUUUAAUCAUGGAAAUGAUUCUACAAGCGAUGGGUAAAUCCUACCAUCCGGGUUGUUUCCGAUGCUGUGUUUGCAACGAAUGUCUCGAUGGCGUACCUUUCACGGUUGAUGUUGACAAUAAGAUAUAUUGUGUCAACGAUUAUCACAGCAUGUUCGCGCCGAAAUGUGCAAGCUGCGGCAAAGGCAUAACCCCGAUGGAAGGCACGGAAGACACGGUACGAGUCGUUGCUAUGGAUAAAGAUUUCCACGUCGAUUGCUACAUUUGCGAAGAGUGUGGCAUGCAAUUAACGGACGAAUCGGACAAACGAUGCUACCCGUACGAAGGUAGGCUUAUGUGCCGGUCUUGCCAUAUACAGAAGAUAUCGAUUCAAGACAGGCGCGGUCGUAUCGUUGAGCCCGUUUCCGCUACCUAUCAAUACAUGGGCUAAUGCAAAACAAAAAGCUAACAUGCAAUGACGACACGCAGACAUCAGAUUAAGAUUGUUCGAUUACAUCGAUUACAUCGAUUUUUCCGCGGGUCAGGAAAAUUCUCUCUUUGUUUCCUGUUGUCGAGCGUCGUCUUCCAGCAAAAAACUACUUCAGCCCAUUCUGUUGAAGCAGCAUGCAUUUAAAUAACGAUUCUUCACAACCGUUUUAGAAUACAGCCAAAUGAAAGUUAAUGGUAUCAAACAUUAAGCUAAACUCAUCGUAUUUCCGUGUACGCAGAGAGAAUUGUUACUCUACUGUGACGUCAUAUGUUCUAAAAUUAUUGACGUAACUCGUAAAUUUGCAUAUACGAAGGCUUUGUUGCAAACCAUUAGGAUAUUAUGGGUUGCUGCAAACUGCAUCGAGUUUGUAUCCCUGGGACGAAAGUAAAAAUUCAACAUUCCGCUAGAAGUUUAUUUGCCUCCGUUAUGCUAUAGGAGUAAACAUUAAGUAUAUGUAUAAGUAUUUGAAAAUGUAAACAGUGAAACAGUGAUCACAAUUACGGUGUAAAGAGAUCGAUGGUAUUCGAAUGGGAAUUAAUGCAAUAGUUGCAAAAUUUGCAUUUACUUUGGCUUAAUAUU